UCCAACACUGCAGUUCAACUAUUUGGUUAAAGCUGUUACACAUUUCCACAUGAAAUAUUGGUGAGAAGGCCCAUGGAUUAUAAAUUUCUAUCUUUUAUUUACACAAAGUAGACAUACUUAUCAAAAGCAGAGGAACAGUUUAUCAGUGUUGGAUGUGAAGAUGGGACACACUUUGCUCUGCCUACUGGGGAUUUUCUUGCUGAAUUUACUUUACCGUGGACAAGCUCAAGAUGCUGUGUUGACCAUUGAGCCAAACCGGACCACUUUUUUUCCCUGGGAGUCUGUGACCUUGAAGUGUGACAUUACAGGAGACAAAGACAGAGACUGGUUUUACUCAAUCCACUGGAAUGGUCAAGAAUUUCUCUCUUACGGCAAACAUGAGAGCUAUAAAUUACCCUCAGCUUCAGGCUACAGUGGUGAAUACCAAUGUUUUUUUCUGCACGGGGGAUCAACAAAAAGAAGCAAUACAAUCUAUCUAAAUGUAUCAGAAAGACCUCUGCCUGUCCUCACUGUGUCUCCAUCAUGGCCGAGUCCUGGAGCCUCACGAACUCUGAACUGCAGGGUUGAUCAUCCUUCUGCUGGCUGGAGCUUCUACUGGUAUAAGGCUGUUCCCCAAAAGUCAGGCUACCGUUACAGCUAUGAGCUGCUAGCUGUUAGCUACAAUCGGACUGAAAAGCAUCUUUUCAUCAUUGAUGGACAAACACAAACAGCAGGAUAUGUGUGCAAAGCAGGAAGAGGAGAUCAGGUGUUUUACACUUUGUACAGCAAACCUGUGUUUGUCUGGUCUGGAGAGUGA